UCACCUGAACCGCUCAUGUGUUCCAGAAUUAACUUAAGGGAAUUUCGUUUUGCUCAAACAAUGAUAUUUGCCAUUGAGGAAAUUAACAACAGAAGCUCCCUACUGCCUAAUGUCUCAGUUGGUUAUAAGAUAUUUGACAGCUGUGCUUCCACAUUACCUACAACACGUGCAGGAAUGGGUUUGAUGAAUGGAGAGGAAAGGACUUUUGGAAAAAACUGCUCCGGUCAAUCAUCCAUUCAUGCCAUCAUUGGAACUUCUGAGUCCUCUACAACCAUUGUGAUGUUGCAAAUUUCAGGGAUUUUCCAAAUACCAGUGAUAAGUCAUUUUGCAACAUGUGCUUGUCUCAGUAAUAGAAAGGAGUAUCCCUCCUUUUUCAGAACCAUUCCCAGUGACUACUACCAGAGUAGAGCACUGGCUAAACUGGUAAAGCACUUUGGAUGGACAUGGGUUGGAGCAGUAAGAAGUGAUAAUGACUAUGGUAAUAAUGGGAUGGCAACUUUUAUUGAAGCUGCCAGUCAGGAGGGGAUUUGUGUUGAAUACUCCGAAGCCAUCUCAAGGACUGGUUCCAGAGAGCACGUUGAGAAGGUUGUCAGAAUGAUCCGUAGAGGUACAGCAAGUGUUUUAGUUGCAUUUCUGGCUUAUGAUGAGAUGGAUGUUUUGCUGGAGGAAGCUCUGUAUCAGAACCUGACUGAGUUGCAGUGGGUUGGCAGUGAAUCCUGGAUUACAUCAGCUCAUUUAUCUAAAAAAAGGUACUCUGGCAUACUAAGCGGGUCCCUGGGCUUUGCGAUAAGAAAGGCAAGAAUUACAGGCCUGCAAGACUUUCUUUUACAGGUGAACCCAAGUCAGGAUCCUCAGAGCAACUUGCUGAGAGAAUUCUGGGAAACAACUUUUGAAUGCAGUUUUCAGCCCAAUAUACCUGGCACAAAAUUAUGUUCUGGCUCUGAGAGACUUCAGGAUGCAGAUAAUGCUUUUACAGAUGUGUCAGAGCUGAGGAUAUCCAACAACGUGUAUAAGGCUGUGUAUGCUGUUGCUCAUGCUUUGCAUAGCAUGAUGAAAUGCAAGCAAAGUAGUGAAAAUUUAAAUCACCUCUGCAACUUAAAGGAUCAGUUGGAGCCAAGACAGGUUGUGAAAUAUCUCCAGGACAUUAAUUUUACUGUUCACUCAGGAGAGAGAGUCUAUUUUGACAGAAAUGGAGACCCUGCAGCUAUUUAUGAGCUUGUGAACUGGCAGAGAAAUACUUCAGGAGAUAUUGUAUUCACAACAGUGGGGAUGUAUGAUGCUUCUCAGCCAAAUGGAAAACAGUUGACCAUGAAUGGAAUCAACAUUACUUGGACUGCAGAAUCCAUGGAGAGGCCAGUGUCUGUCUGCAGUGAGAAUUGUCUGCCAGGUUUUCGGAAAGCAGUCAUUAAAGGAAAACCCAUCUGCUGCUUUUCCUGUGUCCCGUGUGCUGCAGGGGAGAUCAGCAACACCAGCAAUUCUGCAGAGUGUUCACAGUGUCCACCGGAGUACUGGUCAAAUGUCGAUCACAGCAAAUGUGUUCCAAAGGUGAUUGAGUUCCUGUCAUAUGGAGAGACUAUGGGAGCCCUCCUCACUGCCUUCUCAUUAUGCGGCACGAGUUUAACACUUGCGGUCUUGUGUGUGUUUUUCAAGUUUCGUCACACACCUCUUGUCAAAGCCAGUAAUUUUGAGCUGAGUUUCCUGCUACUCUUCUCCUUGACUCUGUGUUUCCUUUGCUCUCUGACUUUCAUUGGCCAGCCCACUGAGUGGUCAUGCAUGCUUCGUCAUACAGCUUUUGGCAUAGCUUUUGCUCUGUGUAUUUCAUGUAUUCUUGCUAAAACUAUAACUGUUGUGAUGGCCUUUAAAGCUAAAAGACCAGUAAAUACAGUUCCUCAGUGUUCAGCUUCCCUUCAGAGAACAAGUGUUCUUGGCUGUACUUUAAUUCAAGUGCUAAUUUGUGUUAUAUGGCUAGCUUUUGAUCCACCAUUUCCACACAAGAACAUGGUUUAUGCAAGAGAAAAGAUUAUUCUGGAAUGUUAUUUAGGAUCACCUAUAGCAUUUUGGGUUGUAUUGGGGUAUAUCGGACUUCUGGCUCUGCUCUGCUUUGGCCUUGCUUUUUUAGCUCGGAGGUUACCUGAUAAUUUUAAUGAAGCUAAAUUCAUCACUUUCAGCAUGCUGAUAUUUAGUGCUGUCUGGCUCACAUUUAUCCCAGCAUAUGUCAGCUCUCCUGGUAAGUUUACUGUAGCUGUAGAGAUAUUUGCAAUUCUAGCUUCAAGCUUUGGGUUGCUUAUUUGUAUUUUUGCACCAAAAUGUUAUAUUUUACUACUGAAACCUGAAAGAAAUACUAAAAGACACAUGAUUGGAAAAAAAUAGUUUAACAAGCCAUACGAAAAAAUACAGUUGUAAAAUCCUAUAGUCUACAUUUUGGUUGUGCUAUUAGUUUCUGAAUACCUUCUGUUUUCUGUUUCUUUUCACUAGUUGCUCUUCUGUAGCAUUUUCCUUUAAUCAUAUCAGAGAGAAAACACAUUCUGUAGUUGUUUGGUGUUAGUAUUUUCAUAUGUUAACUUAAAAGUUUGGCUGCACAUUUCUUUUCUAUUAAUAAUUAGUGAUUUACCUACUGGUACUGUAUCUUCAUUGAGCAGCCUAAAAUGGCCAAACACUUGGCACUUGACCAAACA